ACACUCACACACACUCACUCACACACACACACUCACACUCACAGGUUGUGCAGAGGGUUUGGUUCAGCGCUGACAGUCGGUCAGUGGGUGAGUGCCUGUGGUGUGUGUGUGUUGUUGUUGUUGUUGUUGGUGGUGGUGGUGGUGUAUGUGAGCCCCGCGGUACCCGCACUGGGGGUUGAGCAGUGCCCUGAGCGGAGCGGAGCGGUCACCGGCAGCGAUGUCCCGCGCACUGAUCCUCGCUCUCCUCCUCGUUGCUGCGGACACAACGGUCUUGAGCACAUCUACUACAAUUGCAGCUACACGCAAUCUGGCAUCAACCAGGGUCACAACGAGCAUUACAUCAACCACCGUGCCUGAAAGUCCUAAAGUGACAACCAUUCCCUAUAAUGGAGGGAAGAGUGACACAAUUGGGAACAGUAUGAUCACAGGAACCCCAAACUCAUCCAACAGUCAGUCCCCAGCUAAUACACUCCAGUCAGCUUCCACUGUAAGCCAGUCAACUGGUUUUGCAACAUUGCUCUCUUCUGCUGCAAACAACAGAGAGGAAUCCAGUACAUCUCUACCAACUACAAAUGCAAAGGAAACAGAGAUAUCCAGUACAUCUACAACUGCAAAUGACACCCAGGAAUCCAUUACAUCUCUACCAGCUACAACUGCAAAUAACACAGAGGAAUCCAGUACAUCUGUACCAACUACAACUGCAAAUGAAACAGAGGUAUCCAGUACAUCUACAACUGCAAAUAACACACAGGAAUCCAUUACAUCUCUACCAGCUACAACUGCAAAUAACACAGAGGAAUCCAGUACAUGUGUACCAACUACAACUGCAAAUGAAACAGAGGUAUCCAGUACAUCGACAACUGCAAAUAACACCCAGGAAUCCAUUACAUCUCUACCAGCUACAACUGCAAAUAACACAGAGGAAUCCAGUACAUCUGUACCAACUACAACUGCAAAUGAAACAGAGGUAUCCAGUACAUCUACAACUGCAAAUAACACACAGGAAUCCAUUACAUCUCUACCAGCUACAACUGCAAAUAACACAGAGGAAUCCAGUACAUCUGUACCAACUACAACUGCAAAUGAAACAGAGGUAUCCAGUACAUCGACAACUGCAAAUAACACACAGGAAUCCAGUACAUCUCUACCAGCUACAAAUACAGAUGAAACAGAGGUUUCAAGUACAUCUACAACUGCAAAUAACACACAAGAAUCCAGUACAUCUCUACCAGCUACAACUGCAAAUAAUACACAGGAAACCAGUACAUGGCUACCAACUACAACUACAAAUGACACAGAGGCAUCCAGUGCAUCAUUACCAGCUUCAAGUGUAAGUCAGCCAAUAGCCUCGCCAACGUUUGCUACAAAUGGAAAACCAAGUGCAACUAAUACUGUUGUAAGCUUUACAUCUUCACCAUCAACUGCAACAUCAUCAUCCCAGCAAAGCGCCAUCAAAAAUAACCAAACCAGUGACCAUUUGAGUGCAGGAAGCGUGGCAGCCAUUGUUGUGGUUAUCAUCAUAGCUGUUUUGGUGGUAUUUGGAGGAGUGGCUUACUUGAAGUUAAGAAAAACAACAUAUGGACGACUACUGGAUGAUCAGGACUAUGGUUCGUGGGGGAAUUUUAAUAAUCCUUUGUAUGACGAUUCGUAAGUGCUGACCAAUUAACCAAAGGCACUUGAUCAGAUCAACCUCUGACAGCUUGCUUUUAUUACGAUGUGGAUAGAAGAUGUUUGAAGAGGUUUUUAAACUGCGAAGUACAGUAUUCUUUUUUUCCCUCAGUUUGUUUUAAAAUGGUUUGUAAUUUGUAUUAUUUUCUUACCCAAAUGCACCCCUCUUAGUUUGUAGAACGGUCUUGUAUCCACUUAGCUAAGUCACCAAACAAUGCUUACUAAUACACGAUCAUGUCACAGACAGUGUUUUGAUUUAUGGAGCUUUGCAAGCUGUUCUACAAUCAAGGUAGUCAUAUAUGCUUGACCUUGCUUAUUUUCCCAGCUUGUCUUCAAUGUAAAUUACACCAAAUGAAUAUAAAGUUCACUAUAUGUAUGGAAAUAUGAUUUGAUUCUUGUCUUUUAAAAGUUUGAAACCUCAGCCCUAAUUGAAUUUCAAUUGGAGUUCUUCAUGUUCUCUUGGAUGUAGGCUCAUGCAAGACUCUUAAAGUGCACUGUUUUUACAAUCAUUGAUUCAUGAGACAAUUAAGGUAGUUAGUGGGGGUCCUCCAAGUGCCUCAAUGUUAACUUAAAACUUUUAAUACCUUCUGUUGGAUCCCUUGAAAAGUUUCUGUUGAUUUUUUUCUCUCUGGUUCUGGUCUCCUCGGUGAUCUCUAAACUGAGAACAACAACAACAACAAGAUUCCAUUUAUUGAGCGCCUUUCAC